UCUCACUCUUCCUCUAUACACUCUAUAACAACUAUUACAUGCCAUCCUCGUUAUGUAUACCCUUUCUUCUCAUCUCUCUUUCUCCAUCUCUUUUCUCUCUAAAUCUCUCUAAACAGUUCUCAAUUGAGUGGUGAUCUCUCACCAAAUGGGUUUUUCUAGUGUUUUUGGAUACAUUUUCUUAUGUUCUUCCUUACUCUUUCAUCUCCACAAUUACAAAGCUGAUGGGUAUGAUCAAUUGGAUCCACAUGGGGUGAUAGAAAUCAAAUGGGAUAUCCUAACUUGGGUAGACGAUACAUACAAUGCACAAAUCUCUAUACUUAAUAAGCAAGCAUUUCGACACAUAGAAAGACCUGGUUGGGCAUUAAGUUGGACAUGGCAAAAUAAGGAAGUAAUAUGGAGUAUGUUAGGAGCAGAAGCAACAGAACAAGGUGAUUGUACAAGAAUUAAAGGAAGUGCACCUCCACACACUUGUGAGCAGCAACCAGUGAUUAUCGAUUUAUUACCAGGAGCACCUUAUAAUAUGCAAACAAGUAAUUGUUGCAAAGGUGGUGUAUUAACAACAGAAAUCCAAGAUCCUUCGAAACAUGGAGCAUUUUUUCAAAUGUCCGUUGGAAAGGCACUGUUUAUGGAGAUUAUUAACGGCACUGCAAAACCCAGUGUUAAUCAAACUGCACCAGCUGCACCACCACCUGAUGAUGGUGAUAAACAUGAGAAGCAGCGUGAUAUGGGUAAAGAUAAGAGGCAGUCUCCGGCUAAAGAUGCAAGUCAUGAUAAGAAUCACGAGAAAAAAGGGGAAGAUAAGAACAAGAAAAAGCAUCAGUUUAAUGUUGAUGGAGUCGACGGCGAGAAGAAAGAAAAGGAGAUGAAGAACAAGUUUCAUGAUAGUCAUAAGAAGAGAGUUUUAAUAGGUAGUGACGCUGUUGGUUACGAUGCAGGUGAUGGUCAUACGAACACUACAGCAAAAAUCCCAGACCCAGUAGAUAUGAUUAUACCUCAGAAUUUCAGUAUUGGCAUUCCUGGUUAUACUUGUGGACCCCCAGAGCGGGUUGCACCAACUAAAUUUCUUGUGGAUAAGGGUCGUCGUAAAACACAAGCUCUCUAUACAUGGAAAUUGACGUGUACCUACUCGCAAAUGCAGGCAUCACAAACCCCUACAUGCUGUGUUUCAAUGUCUUCAUUCUACAACGAUACAAUCGUUCAAUGCCCUACAUGCAGUUGUGCUUGUCGUAGAGAUCCAACUAAACAAUGCAUCGAUCCCACAAAAGAUCUGCAGCCUCUAAUAGAACUUCCACACAGUGAGGAUGAAGUUGUUCCUCCUAAAGUCAGGUGUACAGAACAUAUGUGCCCAAUUAGGAUUCACUGGCAUGUCAAAACAAGUUAUAAGGACUAUUGGAGAGUCAAGGUUACCGUGCACAACUUCAAUUUCGUCAAGAACUACUCCGAUUGGAGUUUAGUUGUGCAACACCCAAACUUGAAGAGUUUAGUUCAAGUAUUCAGCUUCAACUACAAGCCGUUAUUAGUGUUUCCCACAAAUGAUACUGGAAUGUUUUGGGGAAUUCCAUUUUACAAUAACAUGUUAAUGCAAUCAUCAGUAGAAGCUGGAAAUGUACAAACAGAGAUUUUACUUAAAAAAGAUCCAGGAUUUUCAUUUGGCGGAGGCUUUGCUUUCCCAAUAAAAAUAAGCUUCAAUGGUGAUGCCUGUGUAAUGCCUCCUCCAGAUCAAUACCCUAGACUUCCAAACAGUAGCUUCUCACUUUCUAGCAACAGUAGGCCAAUUCUCUUUUCUUUGUUCCUACUCUUGCUUCCCCUUUAUAUUGUGUAUUAACCUGCCUCUACUCCUAGUUGGAAGAACUCUGGUUAAUCAUUUUGUAAUACAGAUUUGUUGCACAGAUAACUUCAAUUGAUUCAGUCGUAUACUUUAUCCCGCGU